GACUGCAGGGGGGAAAAUAGACAAUGAGUGCAAAAGCGAGACACCGACCACCCCGUCCCCUCACUCCCUCACACCCUCAGGAGUGUCAAAAUAAAUGCCUUUUAGCCCGACGGCUGCCCUGAGAGACUUCGUCACACCUGCAUGAGGUCACAAGCAGUCACUAGCGCACAGGCACAGAGCCCGGGAGAGGCGAGUUCUGAGUGAAAGGAAAGGGGCGGGGCCGAGGCCGAGAGGUUGGGCUGUAUUCAGCUUGUUGUGGUCCCAGCGUAGCCUUCCUCUCGUCCGAAAUGGCUGCUGUCCAUUGUCUCUGCUGCGCGGGAUUUCUCCAGAGACAGCACCUUGCCUAUUUCCUAGCUAAUCCACACUAUGGCAGCCUCAUUAAUGCAGAUGGCCAUGCUGAAGUGUGGACAGAUUGGAACGAUAUGUCCAAGUUUUUCCAGUAUGGAUGGAGAUGUACCACUAAUGAGAAUGCCUAUUCAAACCGUACCCUGAUGGGAAACUGGAACCAGGAAGGAUAUGACCUAAGGAAUAUCGUGCAGCCCAAACCCUUGCCUUCCCAGGGUUUAAGAGAGAGCCUCACUGGUUUCCAGGACAUCAACCUGAGCUAGAUCCUCCUCGAUACAAAUGCACAGAAAAGUCAACUUAUAUGACUAGCUACUCAGAGCCUCAAACUGGGCAUCACCCUGCAUGUAUAUGGAAUCGUCCUAACUGCCCAUUUCAGGGUCCAGGAUUCUAAGAAAGAAUAAGAAUCUUCAUUUUUCCAGAGUAAAUUGUAGGAGGGAGCACAUUCUAAGCACAACUAAGAAUUUAGCUGACUGUAACACAGUUUCACUGUCUGAAUAAAGAAAGCACAGAAAAUAUUCCCUACCCUUUUUUAUUUGUUUUAACCAAGAUUUAAAUGUCAAAUUUAAGUUAAUUAUAUCUGCCCUUAGUUCUAAAUUAUGAGGUUGUAGUAGGAGGGGAUUAAAAAGAAUUAUUUCAAAUCAACAACUACUUUGCUCUUCCCCACUUUCCAUCCAUGGCAGAACUCCAAAAUCCACCAUGACUUAGGUUAUGUUUGCCUAAGUGCUUCCUGCAUGUGAACCUGGCAAUCUCAGUCAGAUAUUGUAACUCUAUUGUGACCUUAAUGAACAUGCCCUCUUAAGGACUAAAAAAAGAGAAAAAUAAGUUUUUACAAUUAUUAGAGUGGAUUUAAAACAUACAGAAUUAGAGUAGUAUAAUGAACUCCCAUGUACCAUUACCCACCUUCAACAAUUUAUGAUCGAUCUUAACUAUCCCUAUAUACUUUCUCUAUUUUUUUCAUUAAUUUUGGAGCAGAUCUCAGAAAUGAUAUCCUUUUGUCUAUAAAGAUUUCAGUAUAUAUCUUAAAAAGAUAAAGACUGUCGAUUUUUUAUUCCCCCACAAAGACCAUCAAGGAAACCUGUUCAUCAAACAAAGCUGAGUGAUUAAACCUGUAGCAAGGAGGCACAUCAACUUGAUACGAUCUUGGUGAGAAUUCAGAAGGGGAUGUUAGGGGCGCCUGGGUGUCUCAGUGGGUUAAGCGUCUGCCUUCGGCUCAGGUCAUGAUCCUGGAGUCCUGGGAUUGAGCCCCACGACAAGCUCCCUGCUCAGCGAGGA